AAAGCAGCACUAAGGUCUAGGAGCACGAGGACAGAUGCAGAGCCUCGGUCCGAUGCCAUUAAAAUGUCAUUCAUGUAGGCUCUGUUCAUUACUGAUAGUAUAUUAGAGUGGCAAUACGAGUAACAUGACUACUCAUUUGGGCCGACAUCACCCCGAAAUGCCAAUCGGUGGGACUAGGUGAAAAAAUUAAACGGCAACCACUUCUUCCCACACAGCCUCUGGCAACAAUAUGCGUCCAGUAGAGCUAAAGAAAUCAAGCAAAAUUCAUAGCGGCAGAUAUGAUACCCUUCUCUGUGGUAGAGAAUGCGGGGUUCAGAAAUAUGUUUAAAUUGGUCGAGCCGCGCUUCACUAUUCCUUCCCCGUACACAUUUUGCCCAGACAUGAAUACCUGCCUUAUACAAAAAAACUACUUGAGAGAGAGUUGUCAGAAACGCUGUCUGUUGCUCUAACAACAGACAAUCGGACGUCUAGAGCUACCUUACUGUAACUGCUAAUUUCAUUAUGGCAGAGUGAGAGAUAAAAAGCCACGUCCUUCAAACACGUCCUCUUGAGAGUAGUCACACCAGGGAAAACUUGGGGGAAGAGCUAAGGGAAGUAGUUGCAGUGUGGAAGUUGGAGAGGGAUUAUGUAGUGAUUCCUGUGACCACUGACAAAGCUAGAAAUAUUGUAAAUACAGUUGCACUAGCUGGAUUGAGGCCACAAAUAGGAUGCUUUGCUCACGUUAUUAAUCUAGCAUCUCAAAAAGCAGUAUCACCUCCUGUUUUCAAGACCAAACAGAAGCUGUUGGAGCUGCCACACUACAAACUAAUCCAAGAGUCUACUACUUGAUGGAAUUCAAGCCAUGACAUGGUUGAGAGAUACCUUGAGCAGAAAGUCACAGUGUAUUCUACACUGACUGAUCAAGCCGUGAGGAAGAAUGUCAAAGAUAUUGUGACUUUGUUUGAAAAUGACCUAAGACUAGCAGAGGAAGUUAUCAAAGUGUGCCUCUCAAAACAGUCACAACACUUAUAUGCACUGAGAGCAUUCCAUCAGUUUCCGGUCUAUGAAAACAAUGAUCCUGAAAUCAAUGGUGGCAUCUGAUGAAGAUGAACCCGCAGUAAGGGAUGUCAAGACUGCUAUCAGAGUUAACCUGGAGCCUAGAUAUGCUGACCCUGGUGUCCAAGACUUCUUACACAAGAGCACCGCUUUGGACCCCCGGUUCAAGUCCCUGCUGCACCUGGAUGCUGCUGCUCGUCUGAGAGUCUACAAUGAACUCACAGCAGAGAUGGUGACCAAUAUACAACAGGUAUUGUAUUUAUUUUGUUAAUGUGACAUGUAUUAUUUUAUUAAUUAGUGAUUUAACAAUUAAUUAUAAAGUAAUAAUUGUAAUUGUCAUAGUUGACGCAAGAGCACAAAAAAGAGCUUUGAGGACACCUCACCCUGCGUGAACUUGAUGGAAGAUUUGGGUUUAGAUGAUGCAUAGACACAGCCACCAGAAGCACUGCAACUAAUAAUAGCACUGCCACCUCACGACACAACCACCCGAAGCACAGAAACUAGCAACUCGCACUGAAGUGCCGCUUUAAAAAUAAAAUUCAGAGCAUGGGCUGACUUGGUCCUGGAGAAAGAGUAUAUAAGAAGCAUGCUUUCAAUGGAAAGGCAUGAUAGUGCUACUUGACUUAUCACCGACAGAUGGCUCGUGAUACUUCAACUAUCAUCAACCUAAAAGGUAAAUAUCUGACUUUCAUACUCUAGAACAAUUGUAUCUCUUGACUUCUGAUUUCUGAACGAGACAUACUGAGACUGCUACCCAGUACACUCCUUGUGCUGAAUACAUCCACCUCCUAAACUGAGUGGAUAAAUAGCAACAGUGGUGUUACAAAGGGUCUUGAUCUCAAACCGUUCUCUUCACUAAUCACUAAAUCAUAGUACAAACUUCUAGUAGGAGAAACAGAUACUGAGUGAUUGGAUAAGCCUCUAGAGCAAUUGUGAGUGGAAGAACAUACUCUUUGGAGACCAACAGGUCAACCUACACUAAGGUAAUUAACCGCCUGUUGUAAUACAUAGAUAAGGCAUUAAUAGUAGUAAGUGUUUUGAUGAUGUUUGAUGUUAUAGGUUAAGGACCAGAAAGAAACUGUAAUAACGUGUACAACUGUGUGAACUGCAAACAUUGAAUAAAAAGUAGAAACUAGACCCAAAACCCUAGGGGAGAGACCACCUCUGAUACUCCCAAUCUAGGGAAACAAGUCUAGUUUCUACACUAAAGACAAUAUGAUGGUUUGGACAGAAUAAUCAUUUUAUUGUAACAGGUAUCCUCUAUAUUAAUACUCAAGUAGUAUUAGUCGACGGACAUAGACUGUAAAUCGUAACCAAGGUAUAGCUUGCGUGAGUCUAGAUAUAAGAGCAUACAAAGGGAAAGUAAAACAAGAGGUACUCUAAGUCUGAUUGAUAUUAUCUAAGAUCCCGAAACCAGCCUAACGGCAUCACACAAGGCUGAUCUCUGAAUAAAGGGCAGGAUACAUAACCAGGUCAGUCCGGCGGACCUGUGAGUCACCUGUUAGCCGGGUGACAUAAGAACUUGAGUGAGAAGACUUGUAUCUAUCUCGACGGGGGUACCUUAACGGUCCUAUAGCAAAAUCCCCUACCGCGACACAGUGUCUGAUAUAUAUAUAUUUCUAACAACAAAUCAUAUUUUUAAAGCCACUUCAGAGAUAGUAAUUCUCAUCUAAUUUAAUUAUUCAGGGCUAAGCCACAGAUACCACAGGAGCCAACCCCUCUCCAGAGACUUCAGACGACAGGGGUUCUCCUCCAGAAAAGAAGUCUGCUAUGGCUGAGCUUUUUGGGGAGUUGUUCAUGACCCAGGAGCAGGGAACCAAGUCAAACCUGUUAGCCGGGUGACAUAAGAACUUGAGUGAGAAGACUUGUAUCUAUCUCGACGGGGUACCUUAACGGUCCUAUAGCAAAAUCCCCUACCGCGACACAGUGUCUGAUAUAUAUAUAUUUCUAACAACAAAUCAUAUUUUUAAAGCCACUUCAGAGAUAGUAAUUCUCAUCUAAUUUAAUUAUUCAGGGCUAAGCCACAGAUACCACAGGAGCCAACCCCUCUCCAGAGACUUCAGACGACAGGGAUUCUCCUCCAGAAAAGAAGUCUGCUAUGGCUGAGCUUUUUGGGGAGUUGUUCAUGACCCAGGAGCAGGGAACCAAGUCAAAGCUCAAGGUCAUAGAGGAGGAGGUGACCUCAUACAGGGAAGUGGACUGUAUUCCCCUGGAUGCUGAUCCACUUACAUGGUGGAAGACCAAAGAGUUAAUAUACCCUCAUGUUGCCAUGUUAGCAAGGUGCUACCUGGCUGUGCUUGGGACCUCUGUCCCUAGCGAGAGGGUAUUCUCCACAGCGGCUGACAUUUUCACAGGUGGGUUGCUGACUCUUCUGGGUUCCCUGGGCAUGGUGGUUUGGUUGUCCAUGACACCACACAACCCAGAGACCGAGAAGAAGAGACUGGCUAUCCUUGCAGGGUUUGCUUUCUUCACAGGUGUUGGUCUUGGACCAGCAAUGGACUUUGUCAUCAUCAUUAACCCAAGCAUCAUUGUGACAGCCUUCCUUGGAACCUCAAUCAUCUUUGUCUGCUUCACUCUCAGUGCCCUGUAUGCCAAGCGCAGGAGCUUCCUCUUCCUAGGAGGUACUCUGAUGUCUGGCUUGUCUGUCUUGUUCCUGGUGUCUGUGGUGAACAUGUUCUUUGGUUCAGCGAUACUCUUCAAGGCUCACAUGUACCUGGGUCUGGUCAUUAUGUGUGGCUUUGUUCUGUUCGACACUCAGCUCAUCAUUGAGAAAGCAGAGAACGGAGACAAGGACUACAUCUGGCAUUGCGUGGACCUGUUCCUCGACUUUGUGACCAUUUUCAGAAAACUCAUGAUUCUCCUUGCCAUGAAUGAGAAGGACAAGAAGAAAGAAAAGAAGUAGAUUAAAUAAAUCCAGUUGAAGUUUCAAAUGAAAAACGAUCUGUGACAAGGCACAGAACCAGCAACAAAGCCUCUGUCUGCAGUGCUGUUGGUGCUUUCACUAUUUGUCGUUCUUGGUACUUUUUGUCCAUUGAUUUGAGCUUGCAAGAGGUUAUAAGGUUGUAUUUUAGGCUACUGCUGCAGUGAGAAUGCUUGUCCUGUAGGGGGAGUGGUUGUUCUAUGAAGGUCUACAUAACAGAACUGAACUCUUUGUGCCAUAAAAAAAUAAAAAUAAAAUUUUUUUUCAGAAGGCC